CCGUCACACACACACACGCAUGCACUGGAAGAAGCAAUCCGAUAAUGGAGCGCCGCAUCAUCUUCAUCGCCUCACUGCUUCACGUGAAGCCAGCAAUGAUCGUAAACAUUCUCGAGAAUGAGUGAAUCAUAAUGGGAAUAACUAGACGACAAGACCAGUAGUCAUGGUGUCGUGGUUCAGUUACCUACAUAUUUCUCUGGACUUCAUAAAGCUUAGGAUAGGUCUUCAAGUCCCCGAGCAACCACCAGUCAUGAGACGGGGUCAAAAAUCCACCGCAACACGAUAUCGGAUCAAGUACUUAUUUGUCUGUGACCAGAGCACGUGCAUGUGACUUACCGUUCUCUAAGUUUUCCCAUCCAUCCUCCUCACAUCGACGCCACUGCGUAGCCUCACCUCAGUCUAACAUGUCACAAGAACACGAAGACGUGAAACCCAAACUGGAGCUCACCCUCGUCUUCAAUGACAAGCCGAUCACCGUGAAAGUCAAAUCUAACACCAAAUUCGCAAAGAUAUUCGCAGCUGCUGAGCAACGGUUCGGCAAGGAACCCGGAACGUUCAAAUUCGUCCAUGAGGACAAGCGGAUCAGCAAAGACGAGACACCCGCGGAUUUGGGACUAGAGAACGAGGAUCAAAUCGAUUGCUUCCUGGAGCAAGUAGGCGGUGGUUCCAGGACCGCUCUCCGAUCACGACAUUCGCACUCAUCUCGAUCCGAGCAGUGAUUGUACUAGUACAGCAGAAACUAUAACAUAUUUUGUAUUAAUCCCUCAGGCGAAGAGGGGCACAUGCUCGACCCAGCUCACAUCCGCCGGCGCCCUUAGUUCCCACUCAGCCUCGAGCGCCACCGAUGCUCCAGACUCGACGCUCCACAUCCACUCGAACCGCCCAUCUUUCUCGCCCGAGCCCUUGCCCCACCGGACCUGGAGGCCUGCCUGCUGGAGCUUGACCAGCUCGCCGUCUUUCGAAUCCGCCAGGCCAUCCGGCUUGCGCAGGAUGACCUUGGCGCGCUUGUCGUCGCAGGUGGGGAUGACGUCGCGCACGAGCAGUUCGGCGAGCUUGAAUGCGUGUUUGUUCGUGAUCGUGAUUUUGGUGGUGUAGGUCGUUGUGUUCAUCGUCUCUUGGAAGGAGCCGGCCGACGCUGUGACGGUCUUGGAGCUCCGCGCGUAGGUGACCUUGGUCGAAACGUCGUGGCCGAGUGUGCACGUGAACGUGUCGCCUGUAUUGAUUUCC